CUAUUCUCAAGGUAUUAAUGUGUUUUUUCUUUUCAUUUGACGUUGUUUUCAAUCGGUGAAAUUCAGCCAGUACGGUUAGAGAGCACUGCUCCCCCUCCCCCGCUUCCCACAGACACCAUUGCACAGAUAGGAAGAGAGGGAGGGGGAAGGAGAGAGAGGAGAGGGAGAGCGAUAGUCAGCACCCGUGAGAGGGGAACAAGAUUCAGCCGCGCGGAGAGAGAAGAGAAAAAAGCAGUAGCCAAACGAACAAAGGAAAACAUGGAUGUAACGGAAAAACGCUAUUUAAAACAAGCACAUGUACCGGAGAGGAUGUUUUGGUCGUCCUGCACAUAGUAGGGGGUAACUCAAGGACUCUUCCCCCCGUUUUUAAUGUUGCGCGUGGGGACGCAUGGAAAGCUUUCUCUAAUCCGUCUGCGGAUCCUGCCUGCUUGCAAUGGCUGUGGCGGUGCGAUGCUGUUACAGCAUAACUCAGAAUGUGCCUUUUACUUUUUAUUUGGUGAUUUUUGUACUCAGUGGCCUUACAAAUGCACAAAUACGAUACACCAUUCCGGAGGAGCUAGAGAAUGGGGCUGUGGUCGGCGACAUUGUUCGUGAUUUGGGUCUGGACCUGCAAAAGCUCUCCUCCCGACGCGUCAGAAUCACCUCGGACAGCGCACGGAGAUAUUUCAACAUAAAUCAUAAAAACGGCAAGCUGUCGGUAAGUGACCGCAUCGACCGGGAGACGCUGUGUGAAUUCAGUGGCACCUGUUUGCUCAACCUAGAAGUGGGGGUUGAGAACCCGCUCGAGGUGCAUAAUGUGGAGGUGGAGAUUCUGGAUGCGAAUGACAACUCGCCACAGUUCCCCAGGGACGAGUACCAGCUGGAAAUCUCAGAGUCCGCCAUAACUGGGUCCCGGUUCCCCAUCGAGGGCGCGCAGGAUGCAGACGAAGGCUCCAACUCAGUUCGCCUCUACCGGCUCAGCAACAAUGAGCACCUCGCGCUGGACUCCAACAAGCCCGCGACAAAUAGCAAGAACAUCCAGCUCGUGCUCAAAAAGCCAUUUGACCGUGAGCAUACACCAUCUCAUCAGUUGAUACUGACUGCUGUCGAUGGAGGCACUCCGGCGCGCACAGGUACAGCCAAAAUCAAUGUGCGUGUCCUGGAUUCCAACGACAACGUGCCUGUGUUCGACAACUCCGUAUACAAAGUGAAACUUUCGGAGAACUCGCCCAAGGGCGCUCUAGUGAUAAAGUUAAACGCCACAGACCGGGAUGAAGGCACAAACGGGGAGGUGUUUUACUCUUUUAGCAGUUACACCCCAGAGAGGGUGAGACAAAUGUUCUCCAUGGACACAGAUACAGGAGAGAUCAGAGUGAAGAAAAACAUAGACUAUGAGGAGACUAACUCCUAUGAGAUGUACAUACAAGCUAUGGAUAGGGGUCCUUCUGCAGUGGUAGUCCACUGUAAAGUGGUGGUGGAGGUUUUGGAUGUGAAUGACAACAUUCCUGAAAUCGUGCUGUCAUCUCUUUCCAGCCCGGUCCGGGAGGAUGCACGGGCUGACACCGUGGUGGCUCUGAUCAGUCUUAACGACCGGGACUCCGCCCAGAACAAACAGGUGACCCUGGAGAUCCAACCUGGUGUCCCCUUUAAGAUCAAGUCCUUCCGGAACCACUACACCUUGGUCACCGCUGCAUUCCUGGACCGAGAGACCAUCUCCACCUACAACGUCACAGUAACCGCCAUCGAUGGGGGAACCCCAGCCCUGUCUUCACAUAUGUCCAUUAAAGUUGACGUGGCCGAUGUCAAUGACAACCCUCCUCGCUUCGAACAGACUUCCUACACAGUGUACAUGACGGAGAAUAAUGCACCUGGCGCGUCGAUGUGCGUUGUAAAGGCAAUGGAUGCAGACGCUGGGGAGAACGCUCGCAUCACCUACACCGUCCUCAAUGACAACAACCACGGCAUCCCUGUGGCGAGCUACGUCAGCAUCAAACCCGACACGGGAGAGGCCUAUGCCCUGCGAGCCUUCGACUUCGAGAAGCUCAGAGAGUUCCACUUCCAGGUGAAAGCCCAGGAUGGUGGUGUGCCGCCCCUCAGCCGCGUAGCAACAGUCUACGUUUACAUCAUGGACCAGAACGACCACUCCCCCAGGGUAGUCCAUCCUCCAGCCAAUGGGACGCGGACCACCGAGACGCUGAUGAAGAAUGCAGAGGCGGGGGCUCUGGUGACCAAGGUGGUGGCGUGGGACGGGGACGCAGGUCAGAACGCCUGGCUGGUGUACGCCCUGGAGCAGACCACCUCCGAGCUGGACCUGUUUAAAGUCCACGAGCACACGGGGGAGAUCCGCACCAUGCGGCGUGUCAGCGAGGACAACUCCACCUCUUUCCUGCUGACCGUUCUGGUCCGUGACCAUGGCCUACCGCCGCUUUCCUCCACCGCCACCAUCAAUGUGCACAUCAUGGAGCUGCCACCCAAGCUGACCCCUGACCCCAAACGCAUCAUCAGGCCUCACAGCCCGCUGCUGUUCUCCAACGUAACCCUCUACCUGAUCGUGGCCCUGAGCGCCACCACCUUUGUGUUCCUUGUCACCAUUGUGGUGCUGGCCAUCGUCCGCUGCCACGCCUACUGCACCCAGCCCGGCUCCUGCUCGCCCUGCUGUGUGUCCCAAAAGAGUGUCCCCGAGGGGGGCACCUCGGCUGGUGGGGGUGGAGGGUCAUUGGGUCGAGGUGGCGGUGGUGGGGGAGGUGGAGGAGGUCAGGGUCAACCCAACAACAACGUUGCUCUGCGGAGGGACCUGAAGGUUGAACCUCACUACAUCGAGGUGCGGGGGAACGGCUCCAUGACCAAAACGUACUGCUAUAAGACAUGUAUGACGGCGACGUCGGGGAGCGACACCUUCAUGUUCUAUAACACGGGCCGGCCCCACAGUGGCACCUGGAGCUCCGGGGGAUACGUCACCAGCCAGAGUGGACAGAGCCAGAUGUUUGUACGCAGGCUGAGCAUGCCAGAUGCAACCGCCAUACAGCCCAAGGUGCCGAAUUCAGACUGGCGUUACUCUGCCUCACUUAGGACUGGAAUGCAGAGCUCAGUGCACAUGGAGGAGUCGUCGGUGAUGCAGGGAGCCCAGGGGGUUCUGGUCCAGAACUGGCCGACCGUGUCUAGCGCCACCGGAGAUGCUGAGGGUGGAGAGACGUCCCCGCCCAUGGGAGCCGGAGUGGAUAGUAACAGCUGGCACUUCCGUUACGGUGCAGGCGGUCCCGGUGGGCCCCCCCAGCACCUGAAGCCUGGCGAGGUCCCCCCCGAAGCCUUUAUCAUCCCCGGAUCCCCCGCAAUCAUCUCAAUCCGCCAGCAGGGAGGAGAGGACGACAAGAGCGACUUCAUCACUUUCGGAAAGAAGGAGGAGGCCAAGAAGAAGAAGAAGAAGAAGAAGGAGAAGAAGGAUAAGAAGGAUAAGGGGAAGGAUGAUGACGAGUAGCGGAGGAGGAGGACGAGGAAGAGAAGGAAAGGGAGCUGUUAAAACAGAGGUACCAACCAAAGUCCACCUGGUAACAAAAAUAAAAGUAUUUGAGACAACAGGUGAAAAGAGAGAUCCCCAGUUCAACUUCAUCAUCUCUGGCUCAGUAACACAGACAGGCAGACAAAGUCACACUGCCGUCCUCUGCUCAAUACCCACCCCUGGAACAAAGAUAAUAGCCCAGGUCUUUCUAACUCUCUCUGAUAAUAAUCUGGCCUUACCAAGAUUACUGUAGUUUAACGUCUCCUCCAAAUCCCUGUCUUGGGUAAUUGCUUAAUAAUCAUGCCUUGAUGAGACAAAAAAUGUAUUGAUGCAUUUUCCUCCAUGCCCCCUGGUGCCUGCCUAUACACCCUGAGCCAAAUAAUACCCUCCCACUCUUCUCAGCAAGGGAGCAAGAGCUACUGUCUCCCCUUGCCCUCUGCUUUUCACCUUCUCUCCCACGGAUACGUUGGCACCUCGGUCUUACCCUUUCCCACCAUGUUGUAUAAUCUCUUUUCUUUGAAAGGAAAAGAAAAUCUGAGGAUGAGAAGAAAACAGCUCUGUGCCAGCCUCGGAAAAAUAACAAAAAAAGCAAAUGUCAAGAAGAAGAAAAGAAAGUAACUCGAAGACACAGACAGCGCUAGAUGUUUAGAGCUGGACACUCACACUUGUAAAUAGCACAGGAGAGAGUUCGCUAAAGCUGAGGCUAAAGGCUAACAUGACACUGCUGCUGCAGCUUCCUAUCGCGUUCUCUAUCUGUCAGUGUUCCCUGAGCCGGCAAGGAAAACAUGGCUGUCAAUGAUACACACAUACACGUUGACACACACACACACACUCACAAACAUGGACACUGAGAACACCUGAGACCUGGAGAGAGGUACAAAAUCUAGGAGCUGCCAACAAACCACAGCGAACAAAUAAGAAUAUGUUUAAUACAAAACGCAAGCUUUUCCCCCAGCAGUACAGUCUCCUUAGCAGUACACACGUGUACUGUAGAUCUAGCGUCUCAGUAUCGACACAGCUGCAUCCCCUGCAAUAACUCCUGGUUGGUCUGCUCAAUACUCUAUUCUGGGACAAUGAGAUCUCUCUCUCUCUCUCUCUCUCUCUCUCUCUCUCUCUCUCUCUCUCUCUCUCUCUCUCUCUCUCUCUCAAAGCAGCCAACAGCUCAAUGAAUCCCUCUCAGACAACAGCUCAAUGAGAUCCCUCUCUCUCAAAACAGCCAACAGCUCAAUGAGAUCCCUCUCAAAACAGCCAACAGCUCAAUGAGAUCCCUCUCUCUCAAAACAGCCAACAGCUCAAUGAGAUCCCUGUCUCUCAAAGCAGCCAAAAGCUCAAGGAGAUCCCUCUCUGUCAAAGCAGCCAACAGCUCAAUGAGAUCCCUCUCUCUCAAAGGAGCCAACAGCUCAAUGCGAAGACAGAGAAAGAGGGAAUGAGAGAAAGGAGGAACACUUCAGAUUAUCUUGAGAACGAAAGAGACGAGUCCAGCUGAGUUGGCCUGUGAUCCAGCUUGUUGACCAGGGCUCAGUUGGAACCUUGUAGAAUAGCAGGAGUGUCUCUAGCUAAAGAUGAUCUCUCCCCUGCCACUCAGCAAAAGCCUGAUGCUUUCUGCUCUGAAUGUUUGGUAGCAACCAUCCUUUACCUGAUACCCAACCUGAUCUCUAUCCUCCCCACUCCCCUGAGCUUUCCACCCUCAACCCCACACCACCCCUCCCUUACCCCAACCACAGACUGCUUCUUCACGUGAUGAUGAUGAUGAUGACAUUUGUGAAUCUUUUUCUCUUUGUAUUUGUUCUUGGAGAAGAGCCACGAUUUCCUUCUCUGUUUUGUUAGCUUUAACUGAUCUGCAGUGCUUCUUCUUGUCCCCCCCUGCCCUUCACCUCUCUCUUUUUCUGGCCAUAGACCCCCCUCUAACCCCCUGUUCAUUCAGGGUGAACUGGGAAGGCCUACUCUGAACCUUGUGGUGUGCUGGGAUCAGUAAUAUGUGUGAGGCCUGUAGAACCCAGUCAGUGCCGGUGGUCCAGUACUCUGUUAGCCAAUAUCAGAUGCCUCUAAGUGCAAAACGGUUGAGUGCUUUUAACUUGUGAAUACUACGCUGUUCAUUCCUGUUUGUGGUCACUGGCGAGAGGGGACGAGGUGGGAUGGGGACAGGGAUGGAGGUCUGGGGCAUGGUGUUGAGGGUUGUCCCUGUCCUCCAUGUUCCUGGGUAAACAUAUAUGAAAACAGUAGGUCACCCAUUGGCUUUUAUGUACAUGAUAAAUGUAGAUUUAGACUUGCUUUUCAUACAUGGACUUUGCAUUAAUAAAUGCGAUGUGUAACCUGAUUAUUACAUUAUUCAUGACUAACUACGAGCAUCUAAGGAUUCCUACCCCACAGCUCUAUCCCACCAAUCCUCUUUCAGGAGGUUUUGUGAAGGGGCGGAGACAUGGUUCAGCCCUGCUUCUAUUGGUUCCUCCCUCCCUUGCCUGUAAGUUGUUGCCACACCCCCCCAAGUUCUGCAGCUCAGUAUGACUUCACUCCACUAAAGUGGCUGCUGCAUGUAAGUCCCAAAGGAAACAUAGUAUAUAGAGAAAUAUAUAUAUAUAGAAAUAGAUGGUUAUGAUUUUAUUAUUUUCUAUUAUCAUUUUACUUCAUGACUCGCAAAGGAGAUAUUUGUGUGUACCGUCUCUACCAUGCAUCUUGUGCAUAUAACAUCCUACACACUCCACAGUGGUGUUAUACGUUAACUUAACCUCUUAGAUAUUUGUAAAUGCUAUAGUGUGAUGGCCUUGAAUGCAACUCUGUUCAUUUUGUUUUACCAAAAUAUCAUUUUCGUUUUUGAGAACAAGCAAAGAAAAGGAACUAAAAAAAAAUAUUACAAAAAUAUAAUAAUAAAAAUAUGUUUUGUGUCCGUCUUUGACAUGAUGCUCUACCUAACACUAAUAUUGUCAUUGAAAUAUGUAUGAUCCUGUGAUGAGCUAUAUUUUCCCUUCCACCCCCUUUCAACAGAUAAAAUGUUAAAAAAUGACAGAAAAAAAUUCCAAUGUAAAAAUGGUAUAUGUAGUGUAUGCUUGUGUUUCGUGAGCGUUCACGCUGUCAUUCUUUAUUUAGAGUACGGUGGUGAACAAUGGUGGUGCUGUCCUGGUCUACUGGGCAGUACUGAUCUGUUGUAAAACCUUUUUUUGUACACCUGCUCAUCUACUAUGACUGUAAAAUUGUGAAAUUGCAUUUCUUUCCGUUUUUUUAUUUGCCCUAAAUGGAUACAGUGGUAAUGUGUUUUGUUUAUAAAUCACUCAAUAAAGUUUUCUUUCAUAAAAAUGA